AUCCUGAGCAACGUGCUCGGGUUUUCGAUUGUCGUGAUGGGCAUCAGCCGGACGAAAAUCCCCACUUUUCGGAUCGCCACGCUUUUUUUGACCCUGUUUUUCCUCUACGACAUCUACUUUGUGUUUGGCACGGACGUGAUGCUCUCGGUGGCGACGAAGGUCGACAUUCCGGCGAAGCUUGUGGUCCCGAACGUGGUGUCGAGGGAGGAGAGCAAGAUCCUGACGUCGAUGCUUGGGUUAGGCGACUUGGCGCUUCCGGGGGCGUUUGUGGCGCUCUGUUUGAGGUUCGACUUGUACCGCUUCCACGAACAGCAUGCGAAUUGCGAGUUCCACCACUUGCAGCGGUUUGGCAAGCCCUACUUUGUCGCUGCGCUGCUGGGCUACACCGCAGGGCUCAUGUUGACGUUCAAGAUUGUGCAGAUCUACCAGGUGGGCCAGCCGGCGUUGCUGUACCUCUGUCCCGGAGUGCUUGCGUCGGUGUAUGCGACGGCGCUCUAUCGCGGAGAGUUCGGGCGGUUGUGG